GAUUUAGUAAGCAAUCCAAACCCAUCACCAAAUAACCUAAUCCGUGAAGAUAUUUUUAAUUGUUUGUUUUAUUUAAAGGAGUGCAGAUAUAUGUAUUUCUUACCAGCAGAAACAGAAAUGUGUUCAUAUGCUGUAUGCGGCAAUGGAUAAACAAAAAAAUUAAUUUCACCACAUUAGAUAUUUUGUGAACCUUUCUUUACCCAGAAUGAGUUGUCCUUCAAUGGAUAUAAUUAUGGAUGCUUUAAGCUUGCAGAAUGGCAGUUAUAUUGGCAGUUUGGAAUGUGGUAAUGAUUUGGACAAUUAAGAUUUAUGCAAUGAAAUUUUACAUGUAGGAGUUGGUGGCGGUCUCAGGUUCGCCAACAUAAAUCAAUAUAUUUCGACUCUGUUCAGGUACUGCCAAUGUUGUAGGUUAUAAUUGAAGACUAUGGAACAUUUUUUGGGGGGCAAGACACGGGUCAGAGGAAGAGAAUGUGAUAUCGUGAAUAUGAUUCGUCUGUUUUAUAAUGAAUGGCGUGUUAACUUAGGCCGAUAGUGUGUUAUUGUGAUGUCGGCAUGAAUUUUUUUCAUCCAUAUAAUACUGCCAAGUUUAUUUUAAAACUAAGUAUGUUAGUUUCUUUUUAUAUCCUACAUCGAUACCAGGCAGGGUAGCAUUGUUAUGGUUGGGUUUGACCCAGAAGCAAAGAAGAAAUUAAGCAAAGGAGAGCAUGGCAUGGCAGGAGCAAUUAGCGGUGGUCUUACAAGAUUUCUUUGUCAACCUUUUGACGUUAUCAAGAUUAGAUUCCAGCUUCAGGUUGAGCCACUUAGCCAUGCGUGCAGAGAAGCAAAGUAUUGGAGUGUGUCCCAGGCAGCACAUCGUAUUGUGAAGGAGGAGGGUUUUUCAGCUCUAUGGAAGGGGCAUGUCCCUGCUCAGGUGCUGUCUAUUGUGUAUGGGGUUGUACAGUUUGCAUCAUUUGAAGUCCUUACACAGCAGACCUGGUAUCUGUUGCCACAUUUCCGUGGAGAUGUUUAUCGUCCUGCAGUUCACUUUGUGUGUGGUGGCAUAGCAGGGACUUUGGCAACAGUGUUCUCCUUCCCAUCAGAUGUUGUUCGCACUCGCCUUGUGGCACAAGGUGAUCAAAAAGUGUACAGGAGUAUUCCCAAAGCCUUGACCACGAUUUACACUGCCGAAGGACCAAGAGCAUUUUUUAAGGGGCUGAGUCCCACCCUCAUACAGAUAGCGCCACAUACUGGCGCCCAAUUUGCAUGCUACAGUAUUCUGACAACUGUCUGGAAAGAUCUAGUACAGCCGAAAGGUGAAACAGAGGAGUAUGUGUAUGUUUCUGGGACGGGUUCCCUCGUAUGUGGUUCUCUGGCUGGCAUUGGUGCCAAGAUAUUUGUCUAUCCGCUUGACGUGGCCAGGAAACGGCUCCAGAUUCAGGGAUUUCAGCAUGGCAGGGUCGGAUUUGGCAAGGAUUUCACAUGUUCCGGUUUGCUGGAUUGCUUGUGGCGCACUGCCAGAGAUGAAACAGUGCUUGGCCUGUACAAAGGAAUGUGGCCGAGCAUCCUGAAAGCUGGCGUUACGACUGCAUUACAUUUUUGUAUAUACGAACAAGCAUGUCAGGCUAUUGCUGCGACCCACAGUUAAUGCCUGUAAGCCAUGUAGGGCACUCAAUUAAAAGAGGGCAUACUGUGUACGUGGUACAUGUUUAACAUUGAAAACACUUAGUAUAUCAAACAGUGUGUGAUUAUUUUCAAAGAAUGCUGUUAAUUUAUUUUUAAUAUGAGAGAUUUUAUUUUCUUGAAGAAAAGAGUGCAAGUACUAUAUACAGCUGUGUACUGCCAGAAAUGGAAGCACUGCCCACGAAAGUACACAUUUAUUGGGUUAUGCAUACACUUAACUUCAGAAUUGUUUGAUUUCUCUCCCAUAACCUUUUCACUGUUGUAACGUGACAGAACUUUGCCUGAACAGCUUCAUGCUGGGGACUUACCCUGUGAAUUGUUUUUAAGCUGUGUGAAAAGAAUAACUAAUAACAUUAAAGACAUUUAAGAAAGUCGUCUUCUGGGUUUAGGCACCGUGUAUUCUUCGUUUCGGCCGACGUUUCGGAGGAACGUAGCGCCUCC